GAGGUCUCCGCGUGGCUAUAUAAACAUGGCUGGCGUGGUAAAGUGGCUGGGAAGUGUUGAGCGUGCUUAAGGUUCUCGGGGUGGCUCGGGUUUGUGGUUUUGAAAUUUCGGCCGGGUAACCACGUCGCAGAGUUAGGCUGGGGGGUGAGAGCCAAAGUGACGCCCUUCCGGGAGCUGCACAGCCUCGAGCGCUGCUGCUGCGGGACCCAAGGCUGAGGCGCGGGGCUGAGGCAGCGCACGUGGGAGCGCCGCUGAGGAAGCGGCAGAGCAGGUAUUGCUGCCGGCGGGGCCACGCGGACCGUAGGAAGGUCUCAGACGCGUGUGCCUGCUUCCCAGCCGGCGUCUGUCAUUGACUUGUGUGUCGCGGCCGCUGCGCCUCUUCUUAGCGAUGCUGUGGAGCCGGAACUUCACUGGAGUCGGCUGCCGCUUGUCAAGCCUCCGCUCGCUCGUGAUCCCGGAACGCAGGCGCUGCAGCUGCCACUGAUCCACCUGGGGGAUGUCCGCGGGCCUCACGGAACCGGCCGGCGCCGUCCCUCCCGCUGGUGUGAGCUCCUCCGGGACCCUGACCGGGGCUCCUGCCGGAGCUCUGCCGGCCCGGGUGGGAAGUACUCCCAUGGCCGUGGGCGCAGUGACUAAGGCUCCUGUUAAUGUCUGCGUGGAGUCCAUGGUGUCCCAGCCCCUACGGUCCCCCGUGGGGACCUUAGUGACCAAAGUGGCUCCUGUCAAUGCUCUUCCUAAACUCAGCAGCGGCCCUCGGCUGCCUGCUCCUCAGAUAGUCGCCGUGAAAACCCCCAAUACCACAACAAUCCAGUUGCCUGCAAAUUUGCAGCUUCCUCCAGGAACGGUUUUGAUAAAAAGUAACAGUGGUCAGUUGAUGUUGGUAUCACCUCAGCACGCUGUAACAAGACCCGAGACCACAAGUAACAUAAUUUCAAGGCCAGCUGUACCAACGAAUACUCAAACAGUCAAAAUCUGUGCAAUGCCGAAUUCUAAUUCACAAUUAAUCAAGAAAGUGGCAGUGGCACCUGUUAAACAAUUGGCGCAAAUGGGAACUACUGUGGUAACCACUGUUCCGAAGCCUUCCUUAGUACAAUCUGUGGCUGUGCCAACCAGUGUUGUCACAGUUACUCCUGUAAAGCCAUUGAAUACUGUAACUACUCUGAAGGCUUCAAGUUUGGGAGCAGCACACACCCCCGUAAGUGAGCCCAGUCUCAAAGCAGAGAGCUCAGCAGCUGUUCAGACUAAUCUUUCUCCGAUGAUGCUAGAAAAUGUGAAGAAAUGUAAGAACUUCCUUGCAAUGUUAAUAAAACUAGCAUGCAGCGGAUCACAGUCCCCAGAAAUGGGGCAGAAUGUGAAGAAGCUGGUGGGACAACUUUUGGAUGCAAAAAUUGAAGCAGAAGAAUUUACUAGACAACUGUAUGUUGAACUCAAGUCUUCACCUCAGCCUCAUUUGGUUCCUUUUCUUAAGAAAAGUGUGAGUGCCUUACGACAACUCAUGCCUAACUCCCAGAGCUUUAUUCAGCAGUGUGUUCAGCAGACUUCUGGCGACGUCAGUGGUACCUGUACCACACCAGUAACAACUUCCAUGGCGACAACAACAGUUUCCUCAAUACAGCCUGAGAAGCCUGUCAUUGUUUCUGGAGCAACAACACCCAGAACUGUGUCUGUACAAAGCCUGAAUUCUCUUGCUGGUUCUGGGGGAGCAAAAACUGGAGUUGUGACACUUCAUUCUGUGGGUCCAGCUGCUGUAGCAGGAGGAACAACAGCUGAAACUGUUUUGCUUCAGACUCCAAAACCACUUGUGACAUCUAUACAAACUACAGUUACAGCUGUCUCACUUCAGCCUGAAAAACCAGUAGUCUCCAGAGCAGGAGUGACACUGGCUCUUCCAUCAGUAACUGUUGGAGAAACUUCAACACCAGCUCUUUGUCUUCCACCUGUGAAACCUGUUGUUACUUCUGCUGGGACCACAUCUGACAAGCCUGUCAUUGGCGCUCCAGUCCAAAUCAAACUUACACAGGCAGGACCCAUCCUUUCACAACCAGCUGGUAUUCCACAGGCAGUUAAAGUCAAACACCUAGUAGUCCAGCAGCCUUCAGGAGGCAUUGCAAAACAAGCGGCUACACUUUCCCAUUCCUCAGCAUUGACCAUUCAGAAAUCUGGACUGAAGAAGAUGCCAGUGAACACUGCAAUAACUACUGUUCAGCCAUCUGCAGCUUCCAUUCUAAAGCAAAUUACCUUGCCAGGAAAUAAAAUUCUGUCACUUCAAGGAUCUUCUAUUCAGAAGAAUGAAAUAAAAGAGAAUGGAAUAACAUUCUUGAGAGAUGAAGAUGACCUCAAUGAUGUGACUUCAAUGGCAGGGGUCAACCUCAAUGAAGAAAAUGCCUGCAUCUUAGCAACAAAUUCUGACUUGGUUGGUACGCUUGUUCAGUCUUGUAAAGAUGAACCAUUUCUUUUCAUUGGACCUCUACAAAAGAGAAUUUUAGACAUUGGUAAAAAGCAUGACAUUACGGAACUUAACUCUGAUGCUGUGAAUUUGAUCUCCCAUGCAACACAGGAGCGAUUACGAGGCCUUCUAGAAAAACUGACAACAAUUGCUCAGCAUCGAAUGACAACUUACAAGACAAGUGAAAAUUACAUCCUGUCUAGUGAUACCAGGUCACAGCUCAAAUUUCUUGAACAGCUGGAUCAACUGGAGAAGCAGAGAAAAGAUUUAGAGGAAAGAGAACUGUUAUUUAAAGCAGCCAAGAGUCGUUCCAAUAAAGAAGAUCCAGAACAGCUGAGAUUAAAGCAGAAAGCCAAAGAGUUACAACAGUUGGAGCUGGCACAGAUUCAGCAAAGAGAUGCUAACCUCACAGCCCUUGCUGCUAUUGGACCAAGGAAGAAGAGACCACUGGAAUCUGGGUCUGGAAAUGAGGGCUUAAAAGACAACUCUCUUGCUUCUGGAACAUCCAGCCUGAUAGCCACCAAACAGUUGCUUCGUCCAAGAAUCACGAGAGUCUGCCUCAGGGACUUGAUAUUCUGUAUGGAGCAAGAAAGGGAGAUGAAGUAUUCUCGAGCGCUGUACCUUGCCCUUCUGAAGUGACCACUCCAUCCAGAUCCUUGCUGUUGACUGCCAAAGAAGACACAAAAAGCAUUGUCACACUCUCUUGAAAUUUCAGUUUCUGGGAAAAAAUCACCAUUAGGGAAGACUACUGUUUACAGUUGCAGACUUUUAUUAAAUCUUACUUGUACAUCCCAUGGGGUUCUUAAUGACCAGAAUUCAGCUUUGUCUUCUGAAAAUUGGUUAUGUAAUCAGAUCACACAGAAGUGGGCAUAUGCCUAGCUGUGCAUGUAAUCACAGCAAGGUAAGGCCCUGUUUGUUACUGCCUGCUUCAUUUGUCAGACUGUUAUAGGUGAUGUGUCUUUGCCUAAUGUAGUCUGGAUUGAGAUGCAGGGGAAGGAAAGGAAGAGUCGCUGCGUACCAAAGAAAUUGUAUUUCAGCCUGUAAUGAACCUGUCUCAAAGUGUUAGGUUUUCUGGGUUGGAAUCAGAUGUUGCUUAGCUAAUUAUGAGAGUUGCCUUCCGUAGUUGAAGGGGACAAGCCACAGAGCUGGAGCCUGUGGUGACUUUGAUCAGGUGAGUUCCAGUGUUGUCAAAACCGAGACAAAUGUGGAUAGUUUGUGCCUGGGGCUGCUGUUCUCUGGUUCAUGUCACCAUAUUCUGAAAUGAGGGGAUAUCCCUGUUAGGGAAACCUUAAAAUUGAAGCUGAUGAUAUACCUCACUGAAAAAUGGAAAAGGGGGAAAGUAUCAGAAGGAGUGAGGAGGCAUGACAUUCAAACUGAUGAGGGGAAACUGGGAAUGGAAUCAUACAAUAGGAAAUGUGCCACGUGUGCCUAAGGAGGGCAGUGGUGGAACUGGAACGCCAGAGCAACUGCUCAUGUUUUGUUGACAGAAAACAAUCACAGCCCCUCCAAAAAGGAAAACGUAACUAAACAUUUUCAAAUUACAGUAUUUCAAAAUAAAGUUCUUUUUGUUUUGUGUAUUGUUUUAAAUCUCAAGGGCAGUUUUGUAAAAUCUUUUAGUUACUAUGUUUUAAGCAUCCUGCAUUAAAAAUAAAUCGCAAUCGAUGACUAAAAAUUCAACGAUAGGGAUUCUAUUUUAGAUUCUAUCCUGAAAAAGUGCAUCUCUCAGACUCUUAGCUCUAAAUAUAUUGUGAGAAGCAUGUUAUAUAUAUUCAUCUGAGGAGGAAGCUGAUGUUUUACAAAUCGAACCCUGUUUUUCUUUUUAAUUCCACUUGUGUGACAUAGAGCUGGUGGCAAAUAAUAGCUGUAGUUACCGUCACAUAAAGAAAGAAUAAGUUCUCUGAGAAAGGUUUAAAAAGUGGAAAAGCUGUGCUUCAUAGAAAAAGAAUUCUUGGG